AUGUAUAGGACGCUGGAUGAAGCCCAGCCUCAAGAACGAGCUGGAUUUCGCCAAGGGUUCAGCUGCUUCGACCACAUCCACACCGUGUCGAGGGUCAUAGAUGUUUGCCGAGAAUACCGCUUACCCCUUGUUUCAACUUUCGUGGACUAUGAGAAAGCCUUUGACAGAGUAGAAACGAACGCAAUACUGUCAGCGCUGGUCGAUCAAGGUGUGUACGCGUCGUAUGUGAAGAAAUUAGCCAAUUGCUACGAUCGAUGCACGACUAGGGUACAGCUUUUCUACCGCCCUCUCACCAUACCCAUUGGAAAGGGGGUACGACAGGGCGAUACUAUAUCGCCAAAGCUGUUCACCGCUGUAUUGCACUGGAUAAUGAAAUCACUCUCCUGGGAAGAAAGGGGCAUACGUGUUGAUGGAAAAUUUCUUUCGAACCUUCGUUUCGUUCUCGUAUCGUUCUCUUUUCGAGCAGUACCAAUGAAGCAGAAACGAUGCUCAACGAAUUGA